AUGACUACCCAAGAACAAGUUGAAGAUACUACCAAGUGGCCACCCCAUGUUGAAAAGAUUUUAAUUGACAUCUUGGUUGAGGAGGUUAACAAGGGAACAUCUGACAGUGUGGGAUUUUCCAAAAUCCAAUGGCGUAAGAUUACAGAUGAAUUCAACAAAAGAGCAAAAGUAAAUCCACGUAUGACGCACAAACAGAUAAAGGGAAAGUUUAAUAGGCUUCGCAUGAAACACCGUAGCUUCUCGACCCUUUUGAAUGAACCGACUGGAUUCGGUUGGGAUCCUGAAAAAGGCACGGUCACUGCUGAUGAAGAUGCUUGGGCAAGGCAUCUCUUGGUUAACCCUAUUGCGACGCAGUUUAAGACCAAAGGAUGUGCAAACUACAAUCUAUUGGGGAUUAUAUUCAAUAAGACCACAGCAACUGGCGUGUUGCAACAUGCAUCUACACAAGACCCACCCAACUCUGCGGAGGAGAGACAUCUAGAUGAAGCGCUGCUAAACGGUGGUGUCCACGUGGAUUUGGAUGCUGAUGAAGAGCUUGUUGAUGUUGACACCCCACCCUCUGCGAAUGACAAUGGAAGAAACCACUCUGGAAAGCGUUCUGGAAGUACUGCACCACCAAGAUCUGAGAGGAAAAAAAGGCAAAAUGUGUCAGAACAGCUUCACGCAACCUUGGCCGCUAUGGAGGAGUCGUGCCAGAGUCGGUCCUAUAUCAAUAAUAAAAAGCAAGAAAGACUUAAGAAUAUUGAGGAACAACAAAUGGGGAGCAGCAACGUUGCACCUGACCCUUGCUCGAUAAAAGGUUGCAUGGCCAUUAUGUCAGAAUUGGAUCCACCUGUCUCGAGCACCACUUAUUUGAAGGCAGUGCAGACCUUCAAGGAAGAUUGGUGGAGGAUUGUGUUUGCUACGAUGCCACCUGAGCAUCGUGUUGAGUGGUUAGCUUCACUGUAGAUUGUUGUCAUCUUAUGGAGUUGUUUUGUGGUGUGGUUAAGGUGCAAUG